GACUAAUACUGUGGUCUUAAAUAAGAACGUGUGAGGACUGCCAUUCCAUUCAUUCUUUCAGUUUGUUGGAAACACAGUCACAGAAGAGACUCUACAUUAGAUCCUGGAAGACAGAGAAGGGCUGAUUGAACAGAUUAUAAGAACUAUGUUUUACAUCCAAGGACAGCGUAUUUGGAAACUCCUGCUGUGUAUUUUGUUAUUAUUGAUCGUAGGCGUUGUGACGCAGCGCAGCGUCAGCGGCCGAAGUGAUUGUCUUACAAAUGAAUACUGGAGGGACGGGCUCUGCUGUGACAAAUGUGCUCCAGGGUAUAAGUUGAUAAGAAAAUGCUCUAGUGACAUGCCAUCUCAAUGUGAGAAAUGUUCGAAUGGGACAUACCUAGAAAAUAUGAACUACUUCCCAAACUGCUUCAGAUGUGAGAAAUGCACCAAACGAAAUUCGGUGACGAUUGCACCAUGUACAGCCCAAAAAAACGCAGUUUGUGGAUGUCAGGCUGGAUACCGCAAAAAGUUCUUUGAUAGUAUUACGUGGGAGUGUGUGCCCUUGAAAAAAAAAGAGAGGAACCACGUUCUCGCUCCCAAGUCGUCACAUGACUGUGUUUAGAUUUCAAGACACGGCACGUUUACACUUGUCAACAUCCAAGCGGAUUCUGUAUCUGGAUUAUGUGAUCGGAUUCUGCUCCGGAUGAGCUGCUGUCGACCACCCAUACAAACGGCUACAGAGUUUUAGCCACAUCUCUUUUUCUUCCACAUUGUGUUUUAUGUCCCACACAGCUUAUGAACUCAGAGUAAUCAAGGGAAGCUCAAGCUGCCGAUGCGGAGGAGGCUGCAGUUCAAAUCCACGGCAAACCAGUAAAAUCCUUCAAAGCAAGUGCAAGUCAGCAAUAGAUACCAUAACCGUUUAAAAAACGAAAACUAAACUUUACAAGUUAAAGUAUGCAAAUGUAGCCGGUUUAUUUGUAUGUAUUAUAAUAUACAAAAAACAGUUAUAACAGAAAUGCUUUACAAAAGCAAAUUAGGCUGCUGUGCACACUGUCACAUGCUUGGACUGUUUGUUGCUUUUUCAUGUCCCAUGUGCUCUGUGUGCCCUAAUUUCUGCCCUCUGUCCCUUAUUGUGUUCAGGUGCUCAACAUCCAGGUACAGGCCGCAUAUUAAUGCCAAGUCUAAACGCAGUCAUAUUGCCGAUUGGUCAGAACCUUUGGCUUUACCUUUAGCGUCAAAUUUUGUAUUUUUACAGAUUUUGUAAAAUCAUAUUUUUCCCUUAAGUUCCUAUUUAAACUGCAAUCUGGGGGUGAUCACAUAGAUGACCAAUUAGGACUGGACAACACGGAUGGUGUGAUAAUGAAUAUUACAAAAAAAUAUGUUAUUUGAAAACCAACCAAAUGUGUCAUAUUUAACAGCAUUUUAUCAUUUUUUUAUUCAUCGUUAUGUAUUUUAAAUGUAUUUAUUUUUGGAAGUGCGCUUGCCAGGUUCAAGUUUUACUCUACAUCUUUGUUUUCUGCUUAUCAGAUAAUUAACAAUAUUGUUUCUUUGUCACCCCUGAAUAAGGUCAGAUCACAGUAUCAAUAGAAAUGCAGUAUCAAUACACAGUAUCCUGUAUCCAGUCCAAACCUUUGUGGCUUUCAUACGUUUAUUUAACACUUGUGGAAACACGAUGUGCUUACAUGACUACAUUAUAUGAAACUUCAUAUGUAAUAUAUAUCUUUUAGGCCUACAAUUAAUUUUAUAUAAAUACCGUCAAUACAAGGUUAGAGAGACAAUUUACUUUAACAUGACCUAUAUUGUAAGUAAUGGUGACUACUCUGACUACUUUAAUCAUUUCCAUAAGUGCAAACCUUAAUAUUUAUUCAUACUGUAUAAUUCUAUUCUAGGGAACUGUGUGCUUCUGUGGGUUAAAAAAAGAAAUGAUUGAUUGAGUCAGUGUGGAAGAACUUGACUGGUCUGCAGACAGCAUAAUGAGUCAGAGAGUCACAAUGCUAUCCGGACAUCUCUGGUUUGACCUUAAGACAAGUCCUUGAGACAAAAACUCAUCACCAAACAUCACUGACACAUAUGGGUGCAGUCAUUGGAGACACUUCCAAAGCUGUUGCAACAGAGAUGAUAAUACAAUUAGUAAGCACAAAUUAUGUUUCCCCAACCACAUCUUUCCAUCCAAUCUUUGGGUGUCUCAACAGGUUCAGGUUUUGGAUAGCUCUGUCCCAUUAUGAAUACAGAUCAACCAGCGUACAGACAGCAAAUCUAAAUCUCUUAUUAGACCUGUCAGUGAGCCAACCAGUUCAAAUUUAAUCGAACACAAGAAGUUGACUGUGACGAUGGCAAUACAAAUAAUCAGGUAGUGAAACUAUACUUUCUCUUACCUGAUCAGAUGUAUCCCGGACGAGCCCCCAAGAACUGUAGGAAAUUAUGAAAUAGUGCGUGCACUUCAGUCUGCACCGCAGCAGGUCCCCUCUGUCUGUAUCGCUGGUGGAUGUGUACCCUUGGUUCAGCGCGCUGGAAGCACAGCCCGAUAAAA